CCGAGCAAUAAAGCCUGACUAACCCCUUUAUUCCAGUAUGGUUUAGCCCGACAAUGUCUUGUUCAGGCUUUCGUGACAUUUUUGGCUUACUGGGACAUUACUUUCAAAAUGGCUGAUAUCAAUAAAAGCAAGUGGUUGCUACUGCUCUUAUGCCAGAAACAUCUUUUGCAGAAGUAAGAUGGAUACCCCAAAGAGAUUUUGAUAAGACCUUUACUAGUGUUCAGUGCUGUUGCAAAUAAAUCUCAUUAGAGGAAGGGUACAGGAAAAAAGAUUAGCCGCAAGAUGGGCGUGGCAUUUUUCUGUAGAUGUGGCCUUAGAAUCGAAUUCUCGUUGAAGAAGAGAUCUGCUAGAUUUGACAACAACUGAGAACAAAUUUUGCUUUUCACUUCGAAUGAACAGUUGGUGCACAGGAAGGAGUUAACACUGUAAUUUUAAUUUUAUCCCUUAUUCUUUAUAAAUUUUAAACUACUGGCCCAGUUCUGUCAAAGCGAAGAUGCUAUGAUGCGAAGGAGCUAACGGAAGUCGACAGGAAUCUUGUUUCAUUCAAUUGUGACAGACAAAAAAGACUAACUUGAAAGCGGAAAAUGAGGAAAAGUUGGAGUCAUGAAUGUAUAUUUAAUCUUUCCCAAUAACUGCUCCAUGAGUGCUCAGAAAAAAUAAGUUUAGCGAUGGAGGACAUUCACCAGGGAUGGCUAGACAUAUCUGCUAGCAAAACAAGCUCUAAAGGUUGGUUAAAAAAGACAAUCACUAAGCCAUGGAAGAAAAAGUAUUUUGUCUUAAGAAGAGAUGAACAAAACAGAGAUAAAAUUUUGCUAAUGGCUUUUGAUAAAGAGGAUAACAUUUCAAAGCAGAAACCAAAGAAGGUACUUGAUCUUUUUCCAAAGUAUCAAGUCGCCAAAAGGACAGGUCUCAAAGGAAGAGAAUUUGCAUUCCAAGUAAGCAAUGAAACAGAAAACUGGUUUUUGGCAGCCAAAAACCAAAAGAUUUUGGAUCUCUGGGUCAUUCAGAUACAAAUGCAAACAAAGCUAAGCUAUUCAAUUACAGGACCGGCUUUCAAUGUAAAAGCAGCUAACACAAAACAACUGCAAAGAAUUGGAGCAAAAGACCAGCCAUGUCUGCUUCAUUUUUCAAAAUGGGGACUUACUUUGGCUUUGCAAGAAUCAAGAUCAGUGCUUGCACUAUGGCCUUUAGAUACAAUCAGGAACUAUGAGUGCACUGGUACAUGCCAGUUCAUCUUUGAGGCAGGGAGAAGGUCUCCAAUGGGUGAAGGGAAAUAUGCUUUUUUCACAUAUGAAGGAGAGGAUGAGAAAAUGUUCAAUGCUAUUGAUGCUUUUGUGUCAGCAAGGCUGGCGGCUAAGGCUGACUUGACACCUGCAGGUAGCAGACCUGAAGUGACUGAUGAUGACAUAGUGCUUGCAUAUGAUAAACUGCAUUCUUCUAUACUCGGAGAGCUAACAAAUGAUGCUUUUGAAGAUAAUGCAGAUUAUUCAAGGCUUUCCCACCAAGGUUCAAGUAAACCAAUGGCAGUCUCUUUUGACCGCCCUCCAUCAUAUGACCAUUUGACAAGAAUGGGAGACAUUAGGCCCAUACCAGAUGAUCUGGACAGCUGUCCUCCAAGCUCGUAUGAUCAACUGAAUAGAACAGGUAGCUGGGGCUAUAAAGACAUGGUAGAUGAGGCUGGAUAUAAUUUCAUCGAUAGGCCAGACAAAGGUCCCUCCAACAAUUAUGACCAUCUUGACCAGUGUAUUGCAGACCAAGCAGCCCAGAGGCCUGGUCAUUUUGCUCGCCUCCCGAGUGCAGAUAGUGAACCUGGCAAGUCUUUCGGAGCAUGGCCGCUUUCAAGACAUGAACCAUCGGUCCCAAACCUCCCUGAGCGCUCGCAUAAUCCCAACGAUGACAGUUUUCUGAGUGAACGUUGUGAUAGCCUCUCAUCUGCAACUGAUCAAAUGGCAUGCUUGAGUACAUCUAGCCCACCUGACCAAGAUGCAUUUCAGUCUCGGCAAAACAGCACCGGUGGCCGAAAGCAAAGGAGGACGACCGGAGAACGAACUGCCCUGUCGUCUUCCCUGCAAGAUGAGCCACCGCCUCUCCCUUCACCCAGGGCAAAAUCUUCAAAUGUAAACGGGCCUGUUAUCUCCAAACCUGUACCAAAGCCUGGUGAUGUUCUCGUGAAAAGGAGUUUGUCAAAUCAAGAGUCUGAAUACCAAAAUACAUGAAUAAAGCACCUUAUCUUUUAAACGAUAAAAGAAGAAAUGGGGUUUAAUGGAAAAGAGUUAAACUGCUUGCAUCUACCUGUCAUCAUUUAGUUUUUACAAAACUAUCAAAACUACGCUUUACUUUAAAAAGUAUUGGAGCACUUAGGCAAACUAAUUAUGGCGUGGUAUUUGGUUAAUCUUCGCAACGGAAGUUUGUAUAGAAGAGGGAUUCAUUCUUUAUGCAAUCUGGAUCUAUGCAUCCUCAUAAAUUGCUGGCAAGUUGGUAAAAAACCUUCUCUCUGGAAUUGUAACCCGAAAACCAUAGGACUCUUACGAAUUAACUGAAAAUUUUUUAAGUAUAUGGUCGUGAUUGCUGCAAUUUUCAACAACCUUUCUCGUUUCCCCAGCUUCUUGUAAGCUUUUCCCUUCAAUUUUUUAAACGAAAUCGUUGAUGUUUCGAGUCCUACAAAAAAUUUUCAGUUAAUCUUUUUCGAUUUCAUUGGCAUACCCGAAAACCUCCAAAACUUAAGCAAUAUUUUAUGAAAAGUUUGUUGAAUUGUUUUUCAUUCAUAUUUAAUAAGAAAGGAUUAAAAAAGGCCUUUCAAAUUCAUUCCAUAAAAGUCUUCAAAAUUUUGAAGAUGCCCGGGUACUUUUUAAACGUAAGUGUAUUUUUGAAGAGAGUUCGUAAAAUUCGUGGAAAUAUAAAAAGCUUCGGGAAGUACAAUAAAAUAAAAGAAGGUAUCUUGGUUUCAGAAAAUUGUUAAUGAAUUUGCAGAUCAAGUAUAAAUGGAUAUGAUUUCGUUACAUUGAGAUCCUUCUUGCAGAAUAUAUUUAAAGCUCGUUGCUUCUAUUUUUUGAGUUUUGGGCUUGUGGAAUAUUUUUUAUUUUCCGGCAGAGAAGAUGUCUUUAAUAUUUGAAAGCCAAUAAAGCAUGAUUCAUGAUUUGUAUAUUUUGUUUGCACUGGGGUUUCUUUUUAGAAUUGAUACGCUCUGUUUCUAGAAGUUUUAAAUGAUUUUAAAUUUAUACGCGGAUAUGCUUUUCACCUUCUGUUAUUGCUUGACUAGUUUUUGCAUUUGGAUAUGAUUCACUUCAAAUUAAAGAUAUUAUACCCCAUUCUACGCGUUUUCAUCGAUCAGUGGGCGACAUAUUCAGUUUUUGAUUCGAUGACGUGCAAUGUAGCUCGAGGCAAAGGCAUUUUAAGGUAUUCAAUUCUUCUAAUUAACCUAAAUUCUAUUCCUGAAACUGCGAUAAUUUAUUAAUUUUGAUAAUUUUUAUAGUAACGAAGCCAUCACGUUUGAAAACUAACUUAAGUUGUAUUGUAUAUCGUGCUGUUAUAGAUGUAACAUUGUGUAAAACCUAUUGACAACUUUUAGCACGUCAACGAUCAUAUUCUAACGCACUCUUGCCUAAUCGAUUAAGGCUUCCUAUAAAGUCCUCAUAGUUAGAAAUAAAUUUUCUGUAUCUUGAGUUAAGUAAUUUUUUCUCGGUAUAUAGAAUGAACGCAAAGAAAUCAUUGCAGUAUGCCAUAAACAUUGGAUUGUGGUGGCGAUGAAUCGUAUCGUCGUAUGGAUAUCGAGAGAAUGAUAUCGAGAGAAUGGAUAUGUAUAUUUGAUUGUCAAGCUAAUAAUUCAAAUGAUUUAUUUCAAUAAUAAAUGAUUGUGUGAAUAUUUUUUCUUAAAUUUUUCAUUAAUGAUAUUUUUAUAGCUGUUUCUCUGUUAA